AUGCACCAACGCGUCGAUAGACUCAAAGACUCGCUCAAACGGCAUGGCCUUCAUUCACACCACCACCGCCGCCGGGCGGGUACAGACGAUCUGCCAGGCGACCCGGCAGCCUCCACGAGUGGUAGCAGCCGGAACAGCUCCAAGUCCCGCACGCCGCCGAGGACGAGGACCGCGAGGCGGACGAGGGGAUGGGGUGGUGGGGGUGGAGGUGGCUGGGGAGGGAAUGAGGGUGGGUUUCAUAGCUUGAAUGGGGUUGCGGAUGCUGAGGAGGUGUUGAGGAGGCAGCUUGCUUCGCUGGGGUUGGUUGUCAAGGACGUGGCAGGCGACGGCAACUGUCUCUUCCGAGCCCUAUCCGACCAGUACGACGGCACACCCAACAGCCACUCUGCAGCUCGUAGGGAUGUAUGCGACCAUCUGGUGGAGCACCGAGACACGUAUGCUCCGUUUGUGGAUGAGGACGGGGAGGGCAGCUUUGAGCAGCAUGUUGGGCGGAUGAGGCGGGAUGGGUGCUAUGGCGGCAACAUGGAGGUGGUAGCGUUUGCAAGGGCAAAGUCUGUUGAUGUAGCUGUGCAUCAAGCUGGCGAACCUGUCUGGAUCGUGUCGGGAGAGUCGAUUGACAAACCCGCUGACGCAACACAUUCGGAUAUGUUAUCCGAAGCAGGUUCUUCGCCCUCAUCUCAGACCGCCCAACAUCGCAGACUAUUGCACAUCGCAUACUACUCCUGGGAACACUACGCGUCCGUUCGUCCUGCUCCCACGGGCACAGCGCCGAGCCCCGAGUCAGCGAACGCCGCACUCGCCAACUUCCAAAGCAUGCAUCACUUCCAGACCCAGUCCUCACAGGCACAGCAACAAACACACCAGCAACCUCCCAACCAGAUGGAAGCAACGAUCAUAUCUGCGACCAAUGUUUCUGAUCUAGGCAAGAUUAGAGCGCUCAUGCAGCAGCUCGGCAACAACCCGAACGCCGUCAUCGCGCAGUUGCAAGAGGAAGCUGCCGUCGCCGAAGCCGAUGCUGCCGCGUCAUCCCUCUCCCACCCCUUCGCAUCGUCUGCAGUGAAUAUACCCGGCGCUGCAGCAGCACCAUCCCCACUGGCGUCCACCGCCGCAUCCUCCUUUACCACCCCGUCCAACUCCACAUCCAACCGUAGCUCCUACCUCCACCCCAACAACUUCCACCUCUACAACAACACCCACUCCUCCACCCCCGGCUCAUCCACCCCGCUCACAUCCACACCCACCUCCACGGCCGCCACGCCCCCACCCACCCUCACACCGCCCCCCGAAGGCGAGCACAGUAUACCCUCCUCCCCGCUCUCGUCCCACCGCCACCUGCAAAACCACCCGCACCUGGCCGCCGCGAUCAAGCCGGUCGUGAGGCGGAGCAAGCGGGUGGGCAAGCGCAUGCAGAAGCGGCUGCAGAAGGAGAGGAGGAUGUAUCGGAGGAAGAACGGCGCGCCUGAAGGGGAGGUGGGGCUCGGGCAAGGAAGUCCGUUGAGGGAUGAUGGGAGCGAGUUCUCGCACGGUGUGCCGGGAGCUGGGGGGGCACCGCCGAAUGGGCUCGGGUUUUUGUCGGAUAACAUGAAGGUUAUCCGGAUAUGA